AUGUCAAAACUUGUACCGGAUGUGCUCUUAGAAAUUUUCCGUUAUUUGAUUAACAAGCGUAACAACGUCAGUAGCAACCAUGGAAAAGAUUUAUUCCAUUGUCUUCUAGUGAAUCGUACGUGGUGUAAUGUAGCCGUGCCUUUACUGUGGUCUGAUCCGUUCACAGAAACAAGUCGAUUCGUGACAAAUGUUGAUAAUAUGAUAUUCAGUACUUUGAUUAGCUGUCUCCCAACUACAAAGAUGCAGGAAUUAGAAAAUGAUGGAAUUCAUAUCAAAAAGAUAAAAUAUGAAUUCGCUGCAUUUCAAUAUACUCGAUUCUUACGAUCGUUGAAUUUCAGUAAAUUACUUGGCAUAACUAAAGAAUGCGUCACUAAGCAGUCAAAUAUAAUCAAUAAUAAUAUGAUUAUUACUAUCACAAUUGAUAACCUGGACGUUAUAACAUCUAUGAACAAGAUCAUUCGUGCGCUCUUAUUUCUAUUUAAUGAAUACUCUUUGAGUAUGACAUCGAUUGUUUUGAAAAAUAAUCAUAAAGCAUACAGCAAUUACAUAGAUUUGCUGUUGGAGCCAGAUUUUGAAUUGUUACGCGCGAGGAUUAAAGAGGUUAAAGAGUUACAAGUUAGGUCUGGAAGUCUUCAAUUAUUAUCGAACAUGGGAAAUCAACAUUUGAAGAUUAGACUCAAACCUUUUAAGCAAAAUAUUUCACAAUUGGCAUACUCGAGAAAUUUAACACAAAUUGCACAAUUUAUAUCAUCUCAACGAAGUCUUUAUUCCUUAAACUUUGGCACAAUCGAUUAUAAGAGUAAUUAUCAACACAUUAUCGAUUCAUUAUUGCCGCAUCAAUCAACACUCGAGUCACUCGAAUUUCACGGAAUAGAAUUCAACAAAACGCCACCACUCAGAACGCUC